AUGAUUUGUUCAUCAACAAUGCUACGAUCACUUGUAUUUAAAAGAACACUUUUUAAACAGUAUACAAACACACCAAGAUCAUCCUAUAUUGUUAAUAAAACAUAUCCACAAUUAAUCUGGAAUAAUCUUAUCCCACAACCAUUAAAAAUCACCACUGUUAUAGGUGCUGGUAUUUUGACUUUCAUAAAUUAUCAUCCUAAAUAUUAUGUUACCAUUGGUCCACCAUUGGGUCUUUUAGGAUAUUUUGGAUAUGUUAAAUAUAGAAAAUAUCAAUAUGAUCAAGCUGUGAAAAGAUUGGGUAUAACUAAAUGGGAAAAAUCCGAGAUGAUUAGAAUUGCUAAAUACGAUGAAUCAUCUAUUGAAAAUGUAUUAGUUGGAAUAGAUAAUCUGUAUGAUUCUAUUAGAAGACAAACUAUUCAAUUAGUUGAACAACGUAUAAUUGAAUAUAUUUUCCAAAAUGGUUCAAACGGAGAUAAUAUUGAUAAUGAAAUAUUGUCCAAAGGUUUUGUACUGGAAAAUGAUCAGUUUAAUAUAAAUAUUCCCGAACAAGAAAUUGAAAGUUGGAUAACUACAAAUGUUAAACUUGAAGGAUCAGAUGAAUUACUGAGGUUUAUUAAGUUUAGUGUACCUUAUUAUGAUUCAAAGACCGUGGAAACUAGAAAAAGAUUAGGUGUUGUACUGGUGUAUUUAUUGGAAAUACCCUCGGAGAAUGUUGACAAGACUGAUUUCACUGAUUAUAAAAUAGGUAUUGAAAUUACACCAUUAUCUUGGUUUAGACCAAAAUCUGUAUAUAUAAGUGAAAUUCCGGGGACAACUGAGAUAAUGAAAAGUGAUAUAUAUAAUAAAUAG